UGUUGCCCCGGGUUUAGCGGCUCUCGUGUCCCUCCUGGCUCCGCGGCGGCCCGGCCCAAUGGCGCCUCAGCGGAGGGGACCACCCAAAGUUCCCGAGGGAAGUAGUGCAGCCGAGCGCCGGCGCGCGAACAGCACCAAGAAGGAGCGGUUGCCUCAGGAGUCACAGAGGACAUGGCUGAGGACUGUGGCCCUCGGAGUUGGCCUUGCUCUCAUCACAUUCCUGCUCUGGAGUAGUCUGGGGACCAAUGAUGAUGUGGCUGAAGUCUUGGCCCGUUGUGGUGAGGUCCUAGAGGGCAGGUUCAUUGAGGUUCCCUGCUCGGAGGACUAUGAUGGUCACCGAAGAUUUGAAGGCUGCACCCCCAGGAAGUGUGGCAGAGGUGUCACUGACAUGGUAAUCACCAGGGAGGAGGCGGAGCAGAUUCGCAGUUUUAUCCCCCACAGAAUAGCAGAGAAGGGACUCUCCCUAGGUGGAUCAGAUGGAGGGGCAUCUAUCCUGGACUUGCACUCUGGGGCCCUGUCUGUUGGGAAACAUUUUGUGAACCUGUACAGAUACUUUGGGGAUAAAGUACAAAAUAUCUUCUCUGAGGAGGACUUCCAGUUAUAUAGGGACGUGCGGCAGAAGGUCCAGCUCACCAUUGCCAAAGCUUUCGGCAUCCGUGCGUCCUCCUUGUUUCUGACGAAGCCCACAUUCUUCUCCCGGAUAAAUAGCACAGAGGCCCAGACAGCUCACGAUGAGUAUUGGCAUGCCCACGUGGACAAGGUGACCUAUGGCUCUUUUGACUACACCUCACUGCUCUACCUAUCGGAUUAUUCAGAGGACUUCGGCGGAGGGCGCUUUGUGUUCAUGGAGGAAGGGUCCAACAAGACGGUGGAGCCCAGAGCUGGCCGAGUCUCCUUCUUUACCUCAGGCUCUGAGAACCUGCACCGGGUGGAGAAGGUCCUCUGGGGCACCCGCUAUGCCAUCACCAUUGCUUUCACCUGCAACCCUGACCACGGCAUCGAGGAUCCAGUGCUCACGUGACGAGCUGCGUUGGGUCCCGAGGACCGUGUCUAGAAGCCUGUCUGUGCAACCCUGGUGCUGGGACACAGCCCCGUCAAUGAAGGCACUCCUCAGCCAGGUUGAGUGCCUGCCUGCUCACCUCCCAUUUCAGCCCAUUGCUGCUGCACAGAGUGCCUUAUGAGUUAGCCUGAGUUUUGAUUUGUUGAUGUGUUAAUCUUCUCAUCUGUGAGUAAAUCAAGGAAGGAGCCUC